AUGUAUUGGGCACAUCUCAGCCCAUUUAUCUAUGGUCUUGUCGCCUCCAAAGGUUAUGAUCACGCAGUGUUUGAUCCUUCGAGACCAGACUUGAUUAUUGAUCAAUCCGUCAUGAUGGCUAGCUCUCAGUCUACGGCACAUCUGGUUCGCAACCUCAUUGAUGUCUCCCGAUUUGACAAAUACAACUGUUUAUUUGCUAUAUUCCCUGGAGUCUGGUCUAUCUUCCUUGCAGCAGCCUCACGACACGCCGAUGGCGACCCCGUUCCCCUGGACUUCGUACUUGGCCGCGCAGGACUGGCCUUCAUGUACACGUAUCUGCUGAGCGGCGCGGGAAUGGUAUGGAACGACUGGAUCGACCGCGAUAUCGAUGCCCAUGUCGCCCGUACCAAGAACCGUCCCCUUGCCUCCGGUCGGCUUUCCACCAGAGCUGCCCUCAUCUGGAUGCUAGUCCAGUAUGUGGCCUCGGUCUGGCUGAUGAACCGCAUGGUGAGCGGGCAGAAUUUAUGGACAUUCAUGCUCCCCCUCACAACCGGUAUCGUCUUGUAUCCCUUCGGCAAGCGGCCCACAAGUCGUAAGCUGGGCGUCUACCCACAGUACAUUCUCGGUGCAAGCAGCGCCCUCACCAUCCUCCCAGCCUGGGCCUCCGUCUACGCAGACGGUAUAUCCUUGAAGGAACUGGGCAUGCAGUGUCUCCCGCUCUGCGUCUUCCUGUUUUUGUGGACCAUCUACUUCAACACCGCCUACAGCUACCAGGAUAUCAAGGACGACUGUAAGCUCAACGUAAAUUCGUCGUACGUCCUGGCGGGAAGCCAUGUGCGCGGAUUGCUUCUGCUACAGGCUCUUGCUGUGAUUCUGGUGAUCCCUUGGAUUCUUUAUACCAGCGGGUCCGCUUGGCUCUGGUUCUCGUGGCUGGGGGUAUGGACGGCGUCCCUCGGCGAGCAGCUGUAUCUCUUUGAUGUGAAGGAUCCGAGUAGUGGUGGCAAGGUUCAUCGGCGGAAUUUUGCGCUGGGGAUUUGGAAUGUUCUCGCUUGCUUUGUUGAGCUGCUUUUUGUGUCGGGUUCC